UUGGUGAAUGGAGCCGUCUUCAACAUCCAAAGUCUCAACAGUCCCGUGGACAAUCUCGAGGGGCUGAACAGUCUCAUGAAACCAGUGAUGGAUCUGGUCGUUGGUUCUGGUAGUUGUCAGUGCGAAAGAUGCUGCAUUUGCAUGACCCUAGUUGGAGAUUCCAAGUGCAACAACCCGGGCGACUGCUGUGAUGUCAUUACUAACCAACCUGUUAACUCAACGAUUCUGGUUUGA